AUGACACCAGAAAGGCACACAUCUCUGUACACACGCUACGAGCGCAGGGAUUUCCAGAAUGGCAGAGACUUGGUUGACGAGAUCCGACGCAGUGUGCUGGAGCAUCAGUACGCCGAGGAGGAGGUCGUGCACCCGUUCAUCCGGACGAAGCUGCUGCCGAGACACGAUGUUGGUGAAACUUGUAGGAAGGUGUUGAUGCAAUGGGUCGGCCAGCAUGACAAGGUGAAGGACAUCAUGAAAAGAAUCGGAAAGAUGUCUGAGACCGACGCCAAAUUCGACGAAGAGGUCCGAAGCAUGAUUGCGUAUAUGCGACAUGAGUCAAAAUGGGAGGAAUCGAAUCCGUUCCCCGUGAUGCAAGACUCGGUCUCUGCUACGGACCUUGACAUGCUGGGCGAGAAACUCAACAAGACCUAUCCUGCUGUGCCCGCCCGGUCGCACCCCUAUCUCCCGCCCAUAACCUCGAUUCAGAAGCCGAUGCAUCGUGUGCUCAAGGUGCUUGAUGACUUGAGGGACAGAGUGACUGGCCACACUGGGCCCGGUGGGGAGAGGCAGAAGCUUGUCGAGAGUCAGAGGAGGUAUCCCGAAGUUCCGAAGCACAGCGAUUGA